GAGGGGCAUGGUGACAGGGAUAGAGGCCAACAGAUUAAAACAAAACAAAACAAAAACAAAAAGAAAAACAAAAAACGGUCCAGGAGCCAGAGAGAGACGCCAGAGUUAAGCUCCAUGUGGAGAGAGGCAGCAGAAGGAGCAAUAGGGGCAGAAGACCAGACGCGUAAACUGCCAAAGCCCUAAACAGAAGAGGCGAUCUCGGAUCCAGAGGGGUGGAGGAAUUGGGAGGAAGAGAGCUGGAGCAAAGGCUGAGGUGGGGCUGGGCGCAGGUUUUAAAGGUACACAGCCCAGUGUCCGGAUCCUCUUGGUGUCCCUUCUUGCAGUGGAGAUGAUGGAGGCCAGCCAAGUCUGCUCGGGCUACUACAGCCUCAAUCACACCUUCGUGGAGACCUUCCAGUGCCCCCGACAUGGAGAGGGGGCCACUCUUAUGUACUGCUGCGGUUUUGCCGACCUCAAGUACUGCUGCAGCGAGCCGGGCAGCUACUUCCCCUACAAGUACAGCUACAUGUGGAGCCUCAGCAUAGGUGCUUUGAUUGGACUGGGAAUUGCUGCUCUUGUUUUACUUGCCUUUGUUAUCAGCGUCUGUGUCCUUUGCUAUUUAUUCCUUUAUUCAAAACCUCAGAGAUUAGACACCGGACUCAAACUCCAGCACCUGGAGCCUUCUUCAGAAGGUAACUCAAGUACAAAAGCCAAAGCUACUCAUUCGAGUGCAGUUUCAAAUUCAACAAAUGAAACAUCAUGUGAUGCAGAUGAGAUCAUUCAAGAAAAGAUGGAUAUGACAAAUCAACAUUGCUCAUUUGCUAAAAAUACUUCAUUUUAGAUAUUUGGUGAGAGGAUAAGAGGGAAAACAGUAUAUAUUUUAGAUGCAAUUUCAGAUGUGAUUUUUCAGGAAGACAACAGUGACAUAAAAUUUCUCCCUCUCCCUCUCUGUCUCUUACACCCCCACUCCCUGCACCCCUCCACAAAUCCUUCCAUCAUAUUUCCCAAAUAAUUUAGUUGUUCCUUGAGUAACUAAAAUUCUUAUGACUCAAAUGUCUUGCUCAAAGAUGUGACUACUGUAUAACAGGGAAUUAGGUUAAUGAAGUACUUUGGUAGAAAUAGUUAAAUUGCCACAUAUGAAGAAGGCAUAAGGUUUUCACCAUGUUAUAAGUGUUUGAAAAUUCAGUUGAAUAAUCUUGGAGCCUCUUUUAAUAAGAAAUGGCAUUUUGUUUAUAAUUACACAUGGGAUGAGAUAACAAACUUUUUCCUGGUUCCAGUCUCUUGAAGAUUCUCAGAGCAAGCUCUAUUUAUUAAACUUUUUUCUUAAUUUCCCAUUAUAAUAAAGAAGGUCCAUAUACUAAUGCUAGUUCAUGUGCAUUUCUGUUUCCUUGAUUUGAUUACAAAGGCCUCUGUGGUAACAGGAGUUUCAUUUUAUUCAGUGUAGAGAGGACUAGUUUUGGAGUCAGGGGAGCUGGAUUCCCCAUCUUUUGGGAUAUGAUCUAUGCGGCUUUGGCCAAGUCAUUUAUAACCCUUUUCCGCCUCAAUUUCCUCACUUAUAAAAUUAAGAGUGUUAGGUUAAUCAGCUUUUGAUUAACAUAAAGUCGUCUAUUUUUCCUUAACCGUGUGAUUUCAAAGAUUUGUUUCUGAAUUGUGAUCUCAGUAUGUUCAACUACAAACUUAUAAUGGAUAUAAAUGGGGUAAAAGGAUUCAAUUUAUAGCAAAUUUUACUUGAGCAUGUUUAUUCUGUUAAGUGGGAUAGACAUUUAUUGUGACCCUUUUGCCAAGACUCAGUUUACAAAAGAAAAGAUUCAUUACCCUGAAAGGCAAAACCCAGAGAGGUGGGCAUCAUUUAUUAGACUUUGCCAAAAUUUCUAGCAAAAAAAAUCUGAGCAACUCAUGAGUUAAAGUUAUGUAAAAUAAAUGCAUUGAAUUACAUGUCAAGUUCAAAGAAAUAGUUCAAAUUUGUUUGUUUAAAAUUUCUUUUCAAUUGCUUUUUAAUACUGCAUCAAAGUCUGAAAGUUGAAAAAUUUCCACUAAAAGAAUGACAUUUUGUGUGAAUGUAUAGUGCUAAGAACUUGUUAUUCAUUUUUGUGAAGGGUGAAAAUUUAUGGCAGUUAUGUUGUGGAUUUAUUGUGAAUUGAUUUUUAAGCUUUUAGAUUAACAAUACAAAAAAUUGGUUAUCUUAACAGUUACAUUCAUAUAUUACCUCUGAUGAAUGUUUGGGUUGAGGAAAAGGUUAUUAUGGUUUUAUAUAGUCAACAUAUUGUAACAUAAUUAUGUACCAUAAUAAUGUAUUGUUAUUAUAUAGAUUAUUGAAACAAAGCUUAAAGAUCUAAAGAUCUAGGAUCUUGAACAAUAAAUGUCAUUUUGAAUGCUGAUGUGGAAAAGAUUCCAUGUCAAAUAGAGCAGAAUUGUGUAAUUCCAAUUUUUCACAUAGCCUUGAUAAAUACUCAAUAUUUUGUUGCUUUAAUCUGCUUAAGUCAUUAUAUGGUUUUUCAUUUUUUUACUACUUUAUUUAGUAAUAAAAGUCUUAGAAAGAAGAAAAAAGAUAAAAAUGAGAAAACAAGUAAGCAAAUAACAUUUGAUAUGAUAUACAUCCUAUAUGUUAUUUGUUUAGAGCAAUUUCUCUUAAAUUGAAAUCAAAUUUGUUGUGAUUGAAGAAAAAUGCCUCUCUCUCUCU